AUGCAGUCAUGCAAUGAUGGUGGGUACAAAUUUAUAUUAAAUUACCAGGACCAUUUAUCAAAAUUUGUAACGUUGCGUGCUCUUAAAACAAAAACUGCAGCUGAAGUAACAUAUAAUUUAAUUGAUAUAUUUUGUACUUUUGGAGCACCUUCAAUUCUUCAGUCAGACAACGGCCGAGAGUUCGUUAAUUGUAUAAUUGAUGAAUUAAAAAAUAUGUGGCCACAACUUAAGAUUGUUCAUGGGAAACCUCGCCACUCUCAGAGUCAAGGAAGUGUUGAAAGGGCAAACAGAGAUGUGCAAGAUAUUUUAAGGGCGUGGAUGUCGGAUAACAAAUCCAAUAAAUGGAGUGAAGGUCUUCGAUUUUGCCAGUUUCAAAAAAAUAGUAGCUAUCACUCUGGUAUUAAACAAUCACCAUUUGAGGUAUUAUUCGGCAGAAAAGCACAACUUGGCCUCACUUCUAUUGCUCUACCUGAGAAUAUACUUAAAACAUUAAAUUCUGAGAAUGAUUUACAACAAGCAAUUUCUUCAUUAGAGCUAGUUAAUAAUGAAUUAACCGAAACAGAAAUAAGUGAAGAUAAUAUUUUAGAGCAGGCUUCAACUUCAAGUGAAUCGGUAUUAGAAGACAUUGCAGUUGUGCAAGAUAAAAUAAAAAAAAAUAAAAAACUAGCUGUAAGUUCAUUACAUCAUCAAGCAAAACGAAUGAAAACUGAUAGUAUCUUAAAAUAUCCAGUCGUUUCAAUUGGAACAAAUGUAAUGUUACCUGUACCAGAGGUAGAUAGAAGUAAAGGAGAUUCAAGAAAUAUCAUAGGUGUUAUAAUGGAAGUAACAACGGACGACUUGUAUAAAAUCGGAACGAAAAAUGGCAUUAUUGCACAACUAUUCAGUCGGAAUCAAUUUUCAUCUUGUGAUGAGUUGGUUACUCUAAGUGUUUGCUCACACCCACAACCGAAUAAUCCCGGAGCAUCCGUCCCGUAUAACAAGCACAGGCUACCGUCUACGCAAUAG